AUGCGUCUUUCUAUGACGCGUCGGCUGAUGACGAGACUGGUGUGGAAUCAGGCGAAACGCCUCCUCUCCCAAGUGACACGCAACUGGUCACUGGCGAAGAGGCGGGGCAGUCUGAUUUACGACUGUUCCCAGAAAGUUCGUCACCCUUCUUUGCGGAACGGGUGGGACGAAACUGCCGGGGAACGGUCGCCGUCGGACACGGGUUGA